UUAAAAUGGUGCCGGGUGACACCAAACAGGAAACGCGUGUCUCAUCUCGCUCUGCACAGAAUUUGUUUUAUUUUGUUGUUGUUGUUGUUGUUUUUCCUCUUCCUGCUUGUGAGUUGAGUAAGUCAGACACGCUUUCCAAAGCAUGGCCGCAUCAAAUUAUUCGCUGAAGGUCAACAGGGAGCUUUUGGACCCUAAUUUUGAAAGUUACAGGCUGUCUCUGGACGCCAUAGCGACUUACAACGUUGAGCUGGAUGCUGCUGUGGAAGAGGUGAAGCUGAAGGACAGCCAGUACACCCUGGAGCAUGUCCGUGCUUUUGGCAUGUACAAUUACCUGCACUUAGACCCCUGGUACGAAGACAGUGUUUUCUUUGUGGACUGCAAAGGACGGGUUCUCAAUCUCACUGUCACACUGGACACGGCCCUGGGGAAGCCCAGAGAGGUCUACCGUAUGACCGCCGACUCCAGCCAGUGUGAGGAUCGCCUGUGUGCCUCCCUCAGCCUCACCUCGGCGACCUGGGCCGCCCUCUCCGACGGCACCGGCAGGCUCUUCCUCCUCCGCACCAGCAAGAGAGGAGAGAGCUCUCAUAUCAAGUGGGAGCCGCUGUUCAGUGAAGAGCUGGGCGAGCCUUUCACCAUCCUGCACAGCGUGUCCCAUGUCCAGGCCGGGGUCCACGCCAUGGAGGUCCUGCUGCUCCGCAUCCAGAAGGACUCCGAGGAAACCAGGGGAAGCGGAUAUUCUGUGUCUCUUGAAUGGGUCACGGUGGGCAACACGGCCGGACAGGGCCAGGAGAAGAAGUACGAGGUGAGGAAGAGGAGGGUCCUAAUGGGGAAGUCGGUGCCACAUUAUGCAGCAGUGGAGCCGCAGGGUAAGGGGCUGAUGGUGGCCUCAGAGAAGCCCUUCGUCUUCACGCAUGUGGACGGCCGGCCUGUGGACCAGCCCGCGGCGGAGCCCAUGGAGGUGGAGACAACAGAUCCCAUUUAUUUCUGGCAGCAGACAGCGGAGGAUAUCACGGUAUCUGUGCGCAUGCCAGAGGGCGUCACCAAAGACGAGGUGCAGUUCAGCCUGACGGCGGACAACGUGCGCGUCGGAGUGCGGGGUUUCUCUCCCUUGCUGCAGGGUCAGCUGUACGCACCCGUCGACCCCGAGGCCAGCGCCUGGAUCAUCAAAAACAACAAAAGCCUGGAGUUGACCCUGCAGAAGCGCAGUGAAGGACCUAUGUGGCCUGAGCUGGUGAUGGGUGACAGCAGGGGCGAGUACGUGAUGAGCGAUGAGCAGGCAGCUCUCAUCCACGAGAGACUGACCCACCUCACCUCUGAAGACCUGAAUGCUAACCCUGACAGGGACAAGCCCCCUUGCAACUCGCAGGAGCUGGAGGACUGCGACGGCUUCCCAGAGGACAGCUCCAGCCUCACACACUUUGACGGGGAGUCACUGAAGCCCACUCAGGUGGUGAAUCUGGGAAGUCACCAGUACCUCUUCACAGUGGACGUGAACCCAUCUGAAAUGCCUUGCCUCUGCCUCCGACACGACGUCGACGCCCUGGUGUGGCAGCCGCGGCCCGACCAGCCCAGCAACAUGUGGGAGCACAUUGCCACAUUCAAUGCCCUGGGCUACGUCCAGGCGUCUAAACGGGAUAAGAAGUUUGCCACCUGCGCUCCAAACUUUUCUUACGCAGCCCUGGGCGAGUGCCUCCGCCGCGCCUUCAUCUACAGGCAGCCGUCGCCUGUCGACACUGUCCUCUUCAACAGGAAGCAGGGCCGUCAGGUGGGACAGGUUGCCAAGCAACAGGUGGCCAGCCUGGACUCCAACGAACCGAUCUUGGGCUUCAGGGCGACCAAUGAGAGACUGUUUGUCUUGACCUCCAGUAACCUUUUUGUUCUUAAGGUCAAUAAUAAUUAGAUUUGGGACUCUGUUAGGUUUAAAAUUUCAUCUCCUCAACCCCUCGAGCGCUUGACCAUUCCAAAAUAAAGAUUAUCUGCUGCAGCUGCAUAGUAACGGUCUGCAGCUUGUGUUAUUAUGUCCUGUGUCAGUGUGUGCUGCAUUGUGCAUCCUCGAGUUACCAUGUUUUCAUGUCUUUUACCAAAUUUCCAUGUGUCACAGUAUAAAUGUAAAUGCAUUGAUUUGUAGGAAUAAUAAGUGGUGAGAAAAUAACUGAAUGUGAUAAAUGCUACGGGUCGUGAAUAAUAAUGUUCAGUUGUGCAGAAUUGUCCCAGUAAAUCCGGUGCAAAAUGAAUGGAAUGUAAUUUCUCAAAUAAAACAAAUCCAAUAAA